AUGAGUCAACAUCAACAUCUUCCGGAUAGUGAUGGUCUCCAGGUGGACACACAUGCUGAGCAAGCUGCCAAAGCUCCUGAGGUAGCAGGAUAUAACCAAAAUGGUCAAUAUUACGUCCCCGCCGGAUAUGAAGCUCCAGCUCCGCAGGGACAGAGACCACCCUUUGGUCUAGGACUGUGGGCAUUUGCUGGAUUGGUCGCUCUUUUGACUGCCAUCAUCGUCGGUGCUGGUGUAGGCGGAGGACUGGGCGCAGCUUUGGCGAACAAAUCUAGUGAUUGUUCAGCGGAUACUUUAGCAGAUUCCGAAUCUGCAUCUGCUCCCUCCGCAACGGCAGAACCCACCUCUUGCCCGACAUUCGACAACAGUACAUCCGAUAACGACACAACCCCCUAUGUCCCUAAGUCGCCCUCUAAAGUGGUGAGCCUGGAGUUGGAAUGCCCUGAAAAGAUGAACGAUGAGACAAGAUACAAGGCCAACAAUGGUUACGAGUUCAAAUGGUGGUGCGGUGUGAACGUGCCACAGGGUGAAAGAGCGAAAGAAGGAGGUGUUGUCUUUGAUUAUCUUGCUCUCUUUGCUUAUACUAUCGACGACUGCAUGGAAGCUUGCAGCAACAUGAACCAAAAGGACGACGAAAACGACACCGGAUUGAGAUGUAGGAGUAUUAUCUUCUCACGACUCAUGCAAUCUGCGGCGGAGGGCACACAAAAUGGCAACUGUUGGCUUAAGAACGGGUCAAAAUCCGAGGGUGGUAACUGGGGUUUCAAGGACAACAGCCUUGCAUACGCGGAGCUGGACGACUAA